GGCCACUCGACUCCGUUUUGUUUGGAAUUGGUUUGUUUAAGUUUGUCUCUCAGCGAAGCUGGUGCUGUACUGUACUUGCUGGGAAUGCACCGGAUUAUCUUUUCCGGCAUCGGAAUAUCUUUGUGCCGAAGAUAAUCCGGUGCCGAAAAGGCACGUCGUUUGACUUUCCUUUCACAGCUUCAGCUUCGCUGAGAGACAACUUAGACACACCAAUCUAAACAAAGAUGCCUCCCAAAGCCGUCAAGCCCAAGGGCGCUGGCCCAGCGCAGCGCAGCCGAACUGGUUGUCAAACUUGCCGAAACCGAAAGCUCAAAUGCGAUGAGGCGAAACCCAUAUGCGGCCAGUGCCUGAAAUCGCACCGAGAGUGUGUACGCUCCGAAGCGAUCACCUUCCGCCAUCAUCAAAAUGCGGCGUUCGACCCUGAUGAACAAGACCAUGCCCUCGACAGUUUCUUCAAGUACGCGCAGCACUACGACUCGACGAUCUACUUCUUACCGGUUCCGGAGAAUUUGACCUGGAUCUAUGUCACCGACCCGGACGCCGAAGAUUCAAGAACUCCACCACCGCAGACCGAGACCCCAUCCGAGUCGUACCAGCAAGUCGCAGCGCACACCUUGGAAGCCCUCUCGACCGCGGCGGCAGACCACAUCUCCUACCCACCCCAAGCUACGGCAUAUUACACUUCGAUGCCUCCUCAGGAUGCGCACCCAGACUAUGCUUUUGUUAGAGGCGAGGCCGGAAAUGGGAUGCACGGAGGACAAGGCAAUAACAUCAAUUUCCUCCUCAAUCCACCGGGCCAGACGCCGGCUUCCUUAAUCGAUCCGAACCUCGAGGCGACCGUGGCUCAGGCGGCUGAACAGGCUGUCGGGCCAGAACUUAAAUCGUACGAAUUGAAAGAGAAUGACGGUUUCGAGGGAGAAGAUGGCGCGCCGACCAUGCACGAACAACACGAGAACUUGAACCAAGAGAACCAUGAGGAGGCCAUGGGCGAUUCGGACGUCGCAAUGCUAAGAAAGUACAACGAAGCCCAGGUCUAAUAUGGGAGACUUGGCGGUUGUUCUGGUCCUGGCAGUGCUUACUCUCAUGAUGAUAAUGUCUUGCAUAUGGGACGGGGGCAAUGCAUUCGGCGUCUGGGGCAAAGGUUUUUUCUAUCGGCGUGGAGAUACCCCUAACGGCGUUUUCUGGGGAGGCCUUUUAUGAUAAUCAUGACUGUGGAUGAUCAUGGUGCAUAUCAGCAGGAGACAGAUCCGACACACCUGUACAAAUACUCUUUUAAUUUCGUGCUGAGAAUUGCUAACUCGGCGAAGUCACGCUUACAGUAAGACUGAGACAGCUAAAUUGCACAAUUCAAUUUUCAAAGGAACAAGACUUCACCAGGCUUGACGUUCCACUUGUAUGUUACUUUCUUAUGGCGGCGGUGGUGGUGACAAUAAUGGUCCUGGUUUUGCCCAAGCAUACAUUUGCAUCCCC